CGAUUAUCUACGUGAGACGAGCAAAAAUCCCGAGUGAAGGUUUCGCUGGCUGGCUGGCUGGCUGAUUCGCUGCUCCAAAACGCAUCUAGGUAAACUGUGUUGAAAGUGCACACCCGCCGCGCAAUCUUUGGGCUACCGAGCGAAGAAUAGUGAUUUGAUGUGAAAACAGUGAAUGCUGGCGAUUAGUGUGGCAACAAAUGGAGCAAUAACUCAGGUGCAGCGGAAGGACACUUUUUUCAAUCCAUCCAUUCUGCCAGGGCUGAAAGGAUCUGCUAGGCCCCCCGGUUUUUCAGCAUAGCCACCAAUCGGGCUGACCCCAUUCUAGACGUGGUUCUUCACUCUUUUCUCCGCACCGCCGUGCCAUCGCUGUGCCCCUCCUGUACCGCGUGUGCCUCUAGGCGUGGAGAGGAGGCGCUAGUGCCCCUUCGACACCCCAACAAUCGCACCAUCCUCCUCCGGCGUGAUGGCGUGCCUGAACACUCUGAAACUUGAAAUAAAAACACUCGAGCAGGUCUUCCCCAAGAACCAUGAACGUUUCCAAAUCCUCAACGCGACCGUGGACGAGCUGAGCUGCCGUUUUAUCGGGCGCAACGGCAAGCAAUACGUAAUCCAUGCCAACAUUACGGAAACGUACCCUUCAACACCGCCAGUAUGGUUCGCAGAGAGCGAGGACACAAGCAUAAGCAACGCUGUACAAAUACUUACGAACACUAAAGGUUUAGAUAAUCAUGUUAUAAAUCAGGUUCACAUACUACUGCGCGAACUCUGCCGGCAGCACACGGUACCGCUACCUCCAGACCUGGAAACGCUCAAAAAGGCCUUCCAACCGAACGGCGGGGCCGUCCUUCAGCUUCAGGCCGCCCAUCAGCAGCACGGUAUGCCACCUCAGCAGCUCCUUUCGCCGCACCAACAGCUGCAAAUGCAGCAGCAGCAACAGCAGCAAAUCGAAGAGAUUGACUCGGACUGUGAUGAUAUCGAAGACGUGGUGGGCGAAAGUGAUCAGGAGAGCGAAGGGGAAGAGGAUUUACCGCUGGAAAUGGACGAUGGUCGCAGCACAGCAAAGAAAGACGAAAUGGAGGUCGAGCACCUAGCCACACUGGAGAGAUUGAGGCAAACGCAGCGACAGGACUACUUGAAGGGUUCCGUGUCCGGCUCGGUGCAGGCGACCGAUCGACUGAUGAAGGAGCUACGCGACAUCUACCGAUCGGACUCGUUCAAAAACAACAUGUACUCGAUAGAGCUGGUGAACGAUUCGAUCUACGAGUGGAACAUCCGCCUGAUGUCCGUCGAUCCGGACAGCCCACUGCACAACGAUCUGGUGUUGCUGAAGGAGCGAGAAGGCAAGGACAGCAUACUGCUGAACAUUAUCUUCAAGGAGACGUACCCAUUUGAGCCACCGUUCGUGCGCGUCGUGCAUCCGAUCAUAUCCGGCGGCUACGUGCUGGUGGGUGGUGCAAUCUGCAUGGAACUGCUCACGAAGCAGGGCUGGAGUUCGGCCUACACGGUGGAAGCGGUCAUCAUGCAAAUCGCGGCCACACUAGUCAAGGGCAAGGCGCGAAUACAGUUCGGUCCAACCAAGUCUACUUCGCAGGGCCAGUACAGCUUAGCUAGAGCGCAGCAGAGUUUCAAAUCGCUCGUACAAAUACACGAAAAGAACGGUUGGUUCACACCUCCGAAGGAGGACGGUUAAGCGGAAGGAAACGGCAACAACAGCAACACGCGCGUGUCGCUGUUUGCUGCUCGGCGACAAGCGAAUGUUGCCAUCGAAGCGAAGACGGCGGAUCGGCGGUUGAUGAUGAUGAUGAUGGUUGUGUGACGAUGACAAUGAUGGAAACAAUUACGGAGAGGCUGAAAGUCGGCAAGUUCUACUGGAGCAGCGGACACCUUCGUCGAAUCUUCAACUGUUCGGCAUCGCCGCAACCAGCAACUUACGUCGCCACGGACACGGGGCGGCGAUACGGGAAAAGGAUGAGUAAACAAAAAAAAACACACACACACACAGAAUCAUACUUUCCCUCACACCCUUACGCUCCAACAAUUUGUUCGUUUUAAUCAUUUAGUUCC